AUGGAGCCCCCAGGCAAGCAGCCCCCACCAGGGCUUUCCCCAGAAGAGUCCCUGCCUGAGGACUCGGGCCUUGAGGAGGCUCCCAGCAUGCACACCCUCUAUGUGGGCCACCUGAACCCCCAGUUUUCAGUGCCCGUGCUCACCUGCCUGCUGCGAGACACCCUGGAGCGGCUAGAGCUGCCGGUGGCACGGGAGCACAUCGAGGUGGUGAGGCGGCCACAGAAAGCCUAUGCAUUGGUGCAGGUGGCCACCCACAAGGCCACCCUGGCCUCCCUCCCUUGGCGCCUGCACAAGGCCUUGGAGGAGCACCUGAUCCUCAAGGAGCUUGCAGCCCGGGGGAAGGAGCUGGUGUUGAAAGAGAAGUUAAACCACAGAGAGGAGAUUGUGGGCCUGGAGCGGCUCUUCCAGGGAGCCUUCCUGGGCAGUGAGACACGCAACAUGGAGUUCAAGCGGGGCAGUGGCGAGUACUUGAGCCUGGCCUUCAAGCACCAUGUGCGGCGCUACGUGUGCGCCUUCCUCAACAGCGACGGUGGCAGCCUGCUGGUGGGCAUUGAGGACAGCGGCCUAGUGCAGGGCAUCCACUGCAGCCACCGUGAUGAGGACCGCACACGCCUGCUGGUGGACUCCAUCCUGCAGGGCUUCAAGCCCCAGGUCUUUCCCAAUGCCUACACCCUCACCUUCAUCCCUGUGAUCAGCACCUCCACGGCCAGCGUCUCCCUUAAGGUGAUCCGCCUGACCGUGCACACCCCCAAGGCACAGAGCCAGCCACAGCUCUACCAGACGGACCAAGGGGAGGUAUUCCUGCGGCGUGAGGGGAGCAUCCAGGGCCCACUGUCGGCAAGCGCCAUCCAGGAGUGGUGCCUGCAGAAGUGGAUGGGAGAGCUGGACGAUCUGAAGGAGAAGGUGAAGGUGUUGACGGUGGAGAAGGAGCAGCUCCAGCAGCAGCUGCAGCGGCCCUGGCCCAUCUCCUGCACCUGCUGUGUCCUGUGA